AUGGCAUCUUCAAGCGCAACAAUUCGCCACGCAACCCGCGAAGAUGUUCCUACCAUCCUCGCCCUUAUCCAGGAGCUUGCUCUCUACGAGAAGGCCAGCGACAAGGUUGAUUCCACCGAGGAGAUACUUACACGCACUCUUGCACACUACGAUCCUUCUACCUCAAGCUUCUCCGAAGGCUUCGCCCGUACACUCCUCCUCACCGACCCUGACGGCACGGUAGCGGGCAUGGCCCUGUACUUCUACAACUACAGCACAUGGACAGGCGUACCAGGCAUCUACUUGGAAGACCUGUUUGUCAAGGAGAGCUACAGGAAGAAGGGCUACGGGAAGAGACUCUUAAAGGAGCUCGCUGGAGAAGUGCUGAAGGUCGGCGGCAAGAGGCUCGAGUGGAGUUGCCUAGAUUGGAACGAACCUAGUCUCAACUUUUAUCAGAGCGAGGUUGUAGGUGCACAGAGAAAGGAUGCAUGGGUAGGCUUAAGAGUGGAGGGUGACGCACUGGGAAAGCUCGCGCGCUCAUAA